GUUUGACUAAUCUGGUCUGGUUAGGACAAAGUACUCUAAAACUCAAUCUAUCACACCGCGAAACGUAGCCGGUCGGAAAACCCAGACAGGCAAAAGAUGAACAGAGAAGAGCUGGAGUGGUGUGUUUCGGUUCCAAAGGUUGAACUUCAUGCUCACCUCAAUGGUUCAGUUAGGAACUCUACUCUCUUUGAACUUGCAAGAGUUUUGGGUGAUAAGGGUGUCAUUGUUUUCUCAGAUGUGGAGAAUGUUAUAAUGAAAGACGACCGUACGCUACACGAAGUAUUCAAGCUGUUCGACCUUAUCCACAUUCUCACUACUGAUCACUCCACUGUUACAAGGAUUACUAAAGAGGUCAUCGAAGAUUUUGCUGCCGAGAAUGUUGUAUAUCUAGAGCUUAGAACCACUCCUAAGAGAAAUGAUUCCAUAGGAAUGAGCAAACGUUCGUAUAUGGAUGCUGUGAUGGAGGGUUUAAGAGCUGUCAGUUCGGUUGACGUUGAUUAUUCUCCCGCUGGUUUGAAGACCAAUACAUUUAACGGGUCUAUGAGAAAGAAGAUGUAUGUAAGAUUUCUUCUCAGCAUUGAUCGUCGUGAGAGCACUGAAGCUGCCAUGGAAACCGUUAAGCUUGCACUGGAAAUGAGGGAUUUAGGUGUAGUUGGCAUUGAUCUCUCCGGAAACCCCAUUGUUGGCAAUUGGUCUACAUUCUUGCCUGCAUUAAAAUUUGCAAAGGAGCAGGGUCUCUAUAUCACUCUUCACUGCGGAGAGGUACCUAACCAAGAGGAAAUCAAAGCAAUGAUAGACUUCCUUCCACAUAGGAUCGGUCAUGCUUGUUGCUUCGAUGAGGAAAACUGGAGAAAGUUGAAAUCAGCAAAAAUCCCCGUUGAGAUUUGUUUGACAUCCAAUAUCCGGACGGAAACAAUAUCUUCAAUAGAUAUUCAUCAUUUCGUUGAUCUAUACAAGGCAAAACAUCCUUUGGUUCUCUGCACGGAUGAUUCCGGGGUUUUCUCUACCAGUCUUUCCAGGGAGUACAAUCUUGCUUCCUCUUCGUUCGGUCUCGGAAAGACUGAAAUGUUUCAGCUUGCUGAAAUCGCUAUCAAUUUUAUAUUUGCUGAUGAUGGAGUAAAGACGGAUUUAAGAGCAACAUUCGAAGAAGCCGUAAAGAAGCUGAAUUUAUGAUGACGGUAUCCAUUCUGAAAGCAGAAUUGUACUUGUUAUGAAUAUACUUUAUAAGCCAGUAGUAACAUUGUCAAUCCGAUUUCGGUUGCAAGCAAUUCGAGACCGGCUUGUCGAUCAUUGAUACAUGACUUGUGUUGAUUUUUAGGCUGAAAUUCAUGCUAUUUGCAAUGUGCAUUUUAUGGUUGUUGAGAUUCUCACAAGUCUUGGCCUUUUAUGUAUGGCCCUUACUGAAAUAAUUUAAUGCUGAUUUGACAUUUGAUUUGCAAA